AUGGAGGAAAAAUCCAUGUUUAAAGAUAUCAGUAGACGUCCCAAAGUUUUGAUCAUUCACUUAAACAGGUAUUGAAUUUAAAAUUUUCUUACUAUAAAAUAUUAUUUGUUUUGUAUAAUAUACAUUACUAUUACAUACUAAACUGUCAGUAUAAUUUUAUAGAUUUGCUUUUCACGAAGAAAAAAUCGUGAAACUAGAAGACGAGUGCUCAUUUCCAGAACAUAUCUCUUUAUCAGCGUCACCAUAUCAUUCCUUGGCUGACGAGAUUGAUGUCAAUAAUACUGUAAGAAUACUAAGACGUGUCAAAAUUACUGUCUCUUGUCCCUGAUACAAAGUUAAUUUUCCCUUUGAAUUUUAGGAGUCCUGGUAUGAGCUUACGGGAGUUAUUGUGCACCGAGGAUCUCAGGUACACAAUGGACAUUACGUGGCCUAUAUCAGGAAUGACACCACAAAUGAGUGGGUUUUGGCAGACGACGAAAAGGUACAUGCAAAUUAUAUACUGCAAUGCCUACUGUAAAUUUGUUUCGAGAACAAUUCGUAUUUCAAAAAGAUCAUGCAAAUCUGAUCUUGUAUUUUUACGUAAUUAUUUACUAUAUUUAGAUAACUGAAUGCACAUAUUCAGAAGUCGAGAAGCAGCAAGCGUAUAUACUUCUGUACGCAACAAAGGUGCUUAUUCCCUGACAUCAAGAUUAUUUCUGUUAUACAGUAAUAUGACGCUAUACUAUCUUAAACGUAAAUAAAUUAAUAGCUCCUGAAUUGACUACAAUUAAAGUAAUGCCCUGAAACUAUAAUUACAUGCAAUGUUUUCUUAGUCCUCGACUAGAUUGCCUGACAGAAAAGAAAAGCCGGUUACUAUUGAUGUGGCAAGUGAAAAUGGUACUGAGUAGUAACUGCCUUCGUGUAAUGUCCUAGUAUAAAUGUUGAAUUUGGUGUUUGCAAAAACUUUAAUUUGUUAUUUUUGUUCACAGAUGAAGAAAAUAUUGCAUCUGGGCCUGGGGAGAAAACUGUUGUUGAGGGCUUUGGCCAGAAAAUAUCCAACCAAACACUUAAUCUUUUGAGUCAUGGUCACAGGUUGAAUGACGAAGUGAGUUACAAACAUCUACGUAUAUGGAUAUAAAUUUUAUAUUACAGUAGCAACAUUUUUCAAAACGUCAGUUAUCUGUAAGUAUAUGUGAAUAACUACUCGGUCAUUCACUUUUAUAGAUUAUAAAUUUCUAUCUUAAGCUUUUGGACGAGUAUACCUUGAACUACAUGGUAAAGUAUAACUUAUUACUUACUAUAUAACUUACUGUUAUUAUGCUUCUGUUAUACUCCACAGCAUAUUGUUUGACAUCUAGAAUAACGUACAGCUAAUGUAUAUUAGGCCUACUCUCUUUUACAGGACCAAAUAAACAUGAAAUAUGCUUUCCUUGAAACCUUCUAUUUUACCAAGUUUAAAAAAGAAGGAUGGACAAAAUCAUUCAUUAGAUGGCUUGAAAAGGUUAUAAUUUUUAACAGCUUCAAAUGAGAUCAAUAAAACAACACAUACAUAUUAUUAAUUCAUGAUUACAUUAUUACAGGGAGGUUGUUUCAACAAGGAACACGUUUUCAUACCAAUUCAUGACAAUCUCCACCGGACACAAUAUAUCAUAUUAUAUAAUUAUUUAAUACAUGGUUGAUAUGGUAUUGCAGGUUGUUAAUAAGUCCCAACGUCAGAUCACAUAUUAUGAUUCACUGCUGGAAGAUAGUGUUGUAGGAUAUACAUGUUGCAAUCACUUGAAAACUGUCGGGUAAUUAUAUGGUAUUAUGUUUCACGAUACAGUUCGGUUUAUUGCCCUUAUAGUUAUAGCAGUUAAUAGAAUUUUUUUUGUACUAAUGAAAAGCAACUUAUGCCAUGUGUAUAUAUUGUAUUUCUUUCAUCAUCAUAAAAUAUGUCAUUUUUUUAGGCAAUUGGUAGAAAAUCUGUUUGAAGAUGUUUCCGCUUCUGAUUGGAAUUACAAGAUUGCGCAA